AUGAACACACCAGUGAAUUCGGUGGUGCUUAAGAAAUUCAGUUUAGUACAAAACCGAAAUACAGCCAUGAAGUUCUUCAUUGUCAGCGCUUGCGUCCUGCUCUUAGCGGCAUCCGGCAUCUCGGCCGAUCCUGUGGCGGCGGCAGCGGCGGCGACGAGCGACGAGCAGAGCGGCGCAUUUGCCAAAUGCCUGGAAGCUGAUUCCAUCUCGUGUCUCCAGCUCACGCUCUUCCGCAAGGCCAAGUCCAUCUUCGACAAUCCCCAAAUCGAACUCUUCGGCGGCGUCUCAUUGGUCAAGGCCAAUGAAGGACGCCAGGGCAAAUCGCUGGACAACGCCAUCGCCGUGGAGGCCGCGCCCAGCGUGGAGGCACGCACCGCCGAGAUGGGCAACUAUUUCAUGGACAACGCGAAGAGCUUCUUUGCCGAACGCUCGCUGAACUUCAACUUUGCCAAUGCCGCCCGCAGCGUCGCCCGCGCCAUUCCCGAUGACAUCAAGGCCGAUCUGCGUGAGCUGGUCGUCGAGUCGCGCACCCGCAAGAAGAAGCUGCUCAAGAAGUUCCUGCCCAUCCUGUUGGGCGUCGGCGCCAAGGUUGCCGUGCUCGCCGUUGGCGCCAUCUUCGGUCUGCUCUUCAUGGCCAAGAAGGCGCUGGUUGUGUCCGUGAUCGCCUUCUUCCUGGCUCUGGCUGCCGGCGCAUCCAGCGGUCUCAGCCGCCUGGGCGGCUCCGGCGGCGGCGGCGGUCUGCUCGGCGGUCUCGGCGGCCUCUUCGGCGGCAAGAGCUCCGGCACGCCUGCGGUCAGCUCCGGUGGCUGGUCCUCGGGCGGCGGUGCCGCCAGCGGCGGCUGGUCCUCCGGCGGCAACUCCGGCUGGGACACGCAUGGCGCCUACAGCUCGCCCGUGGCCCAGACCAUCGCCUACCAGGGCUACAAGCAGACCAGGCGGUAAGGCGACAGUCCG